UGUGUGUGUAGAUAUCUGUCUUUCUCUCUCAGUGACGACAUGGGAGCGACAACAGAAGAGUAGAACACAGAGAAAAGACAAAGAGAGAGAGACAGACAGAGAGAGAGAGAGGAAGAGAGAGAGAGAGCGACUUCAGCACCAUGACUUCCACCGCCCAGCCCAAGAGGAUGGUGUCCUCGGUCUUCAUCACUCUGGCGUCUCCGUACAGAGCCACGGUCACGCCCACGCCGCAGAUCCCGCAGCACUCUGCUGUCCCCAUCAGUCCCACCACCACUCAGAGGAAGGCCCCCACCUCCUCCACCUCGGCCCCGGAGCCCGGACACGCCGUCUCCCCGCCCGCUGAGGCCCGGCCCAGUCCUCUGGAGAUCCGGAAAACUCACAACAAACAACCUGACUCCACACACACUCCAUACAGAGCGGGAAAGAGAGAGGAGAAACACGCCAAGGAGUUUUUCCCUCCUCCCCCCCCUGCGUCCCUGGACCCUGUGGUCUCUGAAACAUCACCCCUUUCUCCACCCCCUCCCCCAUCCACCUGCCCCGUGUCUGAUCCCAAACACAAACCACUGGCCAGCACACGUGAGGGGUGUGUGGAGAGAGCGCCUCCUGCUGAUCAGACUCGGAGCGAGCCGACUGAAGGAGUGUAUACUGAAGAGGGGAUUACACCGGAUGUAUGUGGGUUCUGUCGUAAGCCCGUGGCCCUGAGCGAGCUGGCAAUCGAGGCCUUGAACAGGACGUACCACAGCAGCUGCUUCCAGUGCCGACAGUGUCACGCCGCUCUCGCUGGGAAAACGUACUUCAACAAGGCCGGGAUCCCUCUGUGUGAGGACUGCUACCAGGCCAGUCUGGAGCCGUGCUGGGCGUGCGGCGAGGUCAUCAAAGAUCAGGUGAUCCGGGCGCUGGAGCGAGCCUAUCACCCGCCCUGCUUCGUGUGCACCACCUGCAGGCAGCCAAUCGGAGAGCAGCGUUUUGCACAGGGAGAGGUGGGGGAGGUGUACUGCCUGCACGACUACUACAGGAAAUACGCGCCUCAGUGCAGUGUCUGCAGAGAGCUGAUAAUCCCCAGAGAGGACGGCACAGACAGCUUUACGGUCGAAUGUCUCGGACGCUCUUUUCACGAGGACUGCUACCGUUGUGAGCUGUGUGCGAUGCUUCUCUCUCCGGAGCCCAACGAACACGGCUGCCACCCGCUGGACGGACAGAUCCUGUGCAAGCCCUGCCAUCUCUCCCUGAUCCAGACCAGCCAACACUGAUCCUGCAGCUUCACGCUAAAGCACACCGAGCCCAUGCCAUGUCCUUCUGCAUUCCUGCAUUCACAUUUACUGUGAGGAAAAAAGAAAUACAUUAUCUACCUUAAUGUACCAAGAAAAAACCCCAUCAUAAAUGCCACAUUUUAAACACAUACCUCACCAGAAACACUCCCACUUCCUUAAAGAUCAUUAGGGGGGAAAAGGUACACAAAAAAUUCUUCACCACUGUAGAAACCAAUCAUAGAGAAACAUCUUAAUGUGGCCUGAGGUGUUAAAACAAUAAAACAACUGGAACAAAAUGAAGUAUUUGACUGGUUUAUAAUUAGCCUUUUCCCGUUGUAUAAAAAGUGAACAUUUUGAUUUUAGUUAUAUUUUUUAUGGCUGGUUAAUUGAAUCCAAAUAAGAUUUUCACUAACUAGCUAACUGGCUAAUCAUUUAGCUUUCUCGGACAUAAAAACACACACGGUUCAGUAUUAUAUUGAUUUAGUUUUACUUAUCUCUAAAACAUCGACUACACUUUAGGUUUAGUGACUCCACCAUAACGUCUGCUGUUUUGCUGUGAAGUUUAAGCGACUUUAAACGCUGUUAAAAAAAAAAAAACAUCAACUUUUGUCCUACACUUUAUUACCUAUUGCUACUGUAUCAUAAUUAUCCUGUUUACUGUCAGAAUGUUUUCUAGAAUUCAGAUCUGGCUAGUUUAGCGUUACACCUGUGCUAGUGCCUAAUUGAAGUGUUAGCAGUGGUGUUCUCUAUGCUAGCACUCAGCAUUCAGCCAAGACAAGUUCACUGUCUAACAUGUACUUUACUCAUUUUGCACUGAACCUGGAUAAUAAGCAAGAGAAGCUAACAGUUUUAGCAGUAGCGGGUUAGCAUGCAUGAAUCUUUAUUGAAGCAGACUGCACAGAAUCAAUCUGUCACGGACGAUCAGUAAUCACAGGUAAAGCCUGUUUUUUUUUUUUUUUGGGCUAAAACAUUCCUUUUGUUGGUGGCAGAUUGUAGACUGGGAGUGAAUCCUGCAGAACUAAGAAAACAAAACUGGGAAAAAAAUACUUUUCUCUUUUACUUUUUUUUUUUACACAGUGAUGACUAGCUUAUUUUUAUAUUUAGAAUCCUUUGUUGUUGUUUUUUUCUUUAAUUUUAUACACGAUGUAAUAGCAUGUAUAUCAAACAUAUCCAGUGUAAUCCGAUCCCUUUGCACUCAGUGUAAUUCAGUGCACCAAAGAUAUUUAUUCCAUAUUAAACAAAAUUACAUUACUGUUUUAGUUUUUUUUUUGUGGAAUCAUAUAAAAAUGUGGUUUUAACUAUGGAAGAAAAUAAACUGAAAACAUUUUCA